CAAGCCCACUCGCAGCAAGGGAGCCCAGAUGGCGGAUGGUGGACGGGGAGCAGCGCCGGGUGUCGGGUGCAUCCCCGCCUGCGGACGGGAAUGCGGCUGAAGGCGAGAGACCUGCUUAAACGUUAAAAACAACGCGCGUAGCUCGGUUUCCCCGCGCAGUGCCGCGGCUGCGGCGCGCAGCAGUAACGCGCUGGGAGCGGUGUCCUGGUGCCAUCCGGACGAGCCAAGUUUCUGCUUCCCGCUUCCCACCCUCUGGAGCGCGGCGGCGCCAACAGCAGCGCUCCGUGGCCGCAGUGCCUCGCCUCACGCCCCGGGCGGGCUGGGGAGCUCCGGCGAACCGAGCCCAGCCCAGCCCAGCCCCACCUCCGCCUCCUGCUCGCAUCGGCUUCCUGCGCCCCGCGUGCGACCAGCUCCCGCCCGCUCCCGGGGCCGGGCUCCCCUCAGGCAGCCCGGGGCGGGGCGGGGCGGGCCAACGGCGGCGGUGUCCCAGCAACGCGGCAUGGCGGCGGGCGAGCGGCAGGGCCGCGACUACCUGCAGCGGCACCGGAUCCCCGAGCUGCUGCACCGCCUCAGCGCGCUGGUGCUCUACCACAGGCCCGACAGACCACGCGAGUUCCUGGUCCAGGCGCUGGAGAAGGUGAAGGACGGGCGGCGGGCCGAGGGCGAGUACCCGAACCUCAUGGACGAGGACAACGUGGUCGCCAUGUUCGGCUUGCUGGACGUGGUGGGCCAGGGGCACAUAACGGCAGCGCAGCACAGGGAAGCUCUUAAAACUUUGGGACUGAGCACUGAGGAUCUGCAGAUCGAAGAUGAUGCGAUUAUCACACUGGAGGUAUUCACGGAGGAAGUGAAGAAAAGGAUGCUGGAGAGCUGGGCCGUGCAUUAGUUUGAGUCUGCUACAUGUAUUAGAAAAAAGCAUCUUGCUUAAUUCUUUUCUGAGUAGCUGAGUUUAAGCAGUACCCUCUUUCUCACCCUGCCCUGACAGAGCAACCACCUGAAAAGGACCAAUGACAAGAACUUGUUCAUGUUUACCACGUAGUGGAGGGGUGGCUUUUGAGAACUGCUUUUCUUAAUGCAACACAGUAUUUAUGUAAUGGUUAGGGAGAAACUAAAAAAAAAGUCUGAAUAAAGACAACCCAUUGAUAUAUUCCUUCA